AUAAAUUUAAAUCGUUCCAGGCAUAUCAUUUAGUAAAAAUGAGCUUAAAUGGCGUUGUAUUGAGUUUUUCAGCACUAAACGUUAGCAACAUUUUAUUUGACCAAUGCACGUCGAAUAGAAAAGGAGGUUGAUAAAAAUCAGAAAUGUCCGAAGACUACAGCAAACUAGAAAUUCUAAAAUUUUCCAAAAACAGCAUGAUAUUGGCGGGAAUAUGGCGGCUUCCGAUUACGCAAAACCCCACCAUCAAAAGACUGUACGUUUACUACAGCGUGUUCAUUCAGGCGUAUUUCCCAUUUUUCUUGAUAUUUCUGGGCAGCAAAUUUUUCAUUUUGGCGUUCGACGUGGAUAAUUCGCCCCUAAAGGUGUUCUCCACGUUUGCGUAUAUGAUUACCUCCUUCGUUGUCAUGGUUAAAGUAGUACUCGUCCAAAAGAAGAGAGUUAGAGAUAUAUUCGCUUUCAUUAAUAGGACAGAAGAAGAAAUUAAAAAAGCAAACGACAUCGAUAUUUUGAAAUGUCACUCUGCACUCACUCGGUUUUGUAGGAAAUCGAAUUGGGCAACAUUUUUCUUUACGUUUGGAAUCGGCGUCGCAAUGAUUUUUGCCAAUAUAGUACAGAGACACGAAAUUAGCCAGUACAAUAAGAAGUAUAACACGACAAUUCCUAAACCGUUUCCGUACGAACUGUAUUAUAUGACAUUGGACGAAGAGAAAUACGGAACUUUGUUCGUAUGGUUCAACGAUUUCUCGAUACUGGUGGCUGGUUUCUUAGUAGUUUCCACGCAAGUGAUUUUCAUCUCUUGCAUUAUAUUUGCUUCAUCGUUGUUGAGAAUGCUGCAGAUAAGGUUUAAAAAGAUGAUCGGAUUUACCGUAAACAUCUCGGUUACUCUUAGGGAACUGAUACUGGAGCACCAACGAGUUAUCGAAUUUGUUAACAACUUAAACGAAUCGAUGAAAUAUAUAAUGAUGUUGGAAUAUCUUCUGAACUCGUUAAACAUGGCCAUGGUGUCCUUUCAAUUUCUUGCAGCUGAACAUAACAUACUUAUAGCGUCGGUAUUAUUUUAUUUUGGACUUUUGGUGGUACAGACGUUUAUUCUGGGAUGGAGCGCCAACGAAGUUAAGAUGCAGAGUCUAGCAUUAGCGGAUGCUAUUUAUGAGAGUCCGUGGUACGAGCAAAACCAUGCAGCUAAAAAAACUAUGAUUAUUAUGAUGAUGCGAGCGCAGCGACCUCUUGCUUUGACUAUAGGACCUUUCGACGUUAUGACAACCCAAUCCGCUUUGACGGAAAGUGCAUAAUAAUCCUUAAGUUUUAUGUCCAGCCUACGGUAUUCCUUUUUUAGAUUAUGAAAGCUUCGUACUCCUAUGUUACAUUAAUGAUGAACAACUACGAAUAAUCAAAUUGAGUGGCAAUUGGUAUUAUGAUGAAAACAAUUAUGUCGCUUUUAGGUGCAUUAAAUAGUGCAGAGCGUUUAAUUUUAUUUUUCUGCUCCCUAACUCUAAAAUACCCACUGUUCAAGUGGUUGUUUCACACACGAAAAGUGUCACUUAAAAACUUCAGCUUCAUUAAACACUGUCGCGAAUCGCAGCGAAAAUUUACCGUCAAACCACUGACUCAAAUAUAUAAUGACCAUAGAAUGAA